CAGAGAGGGAACUUGGCUGCAAGUCAUGAGCCAGAAGCCAAGAUUUCCCAGGCCUAGACUCCAGCAGCCCUCUCCUCAGGAGAGGCUGGUGCUCGGCACUGUGGGCCAUGACAAAGGGCUGGGAACUAUCUCAAGUUCUGUUUAACUUUGUCAUGUGUUCCUGCCGGUGUGACCUGUCAAUGCUCUGCCAACACUGGGCACCGGUGGGAAGGACUUGGUCAUGGUGCCAAAGACCAGGCUAUGUGUGGCUAGCAGACAGCCCCCCGCCUGGCCUUAGGGACCACCAUGACCGAAGUUGGUUGGUGGAAGCUGACCUUCCUCCGGAAAAAGAAAUCCACUCCCAAGGUGCUCUACGAAAUCCCUGACACCUAUGCCCAAACGGAGGGAGGAGCAGAGCCUUCGGGACAUGACAGCGGAGACCCUCACGGCGACUUUAACAGCCGCCUCGAGAAGAUUGUGGACAAGAACACCAAAGGCAAGCACGUCAAAGUCUCCAACUCAGGCCGCUUCAAGGAGAAGAAAAAAGUCCGAGCCAUGUUGGCAGAGAACCCCAGCCUCUUUGAUGAGCGGGAGAACAAAGGACAAUGAAGGAAGACACUAGCCCCUCCCUGUUCCCUGCCACUGGUGGGGUCUGAGGCAGGAGCUUGCCACGCUGGCCUCUUUGGUCAUAGCUGAAACCACGGUUGCGGCUGAUCCCUGCUGGCAGGAACACCUGGUUUGUAUUUAUGUGUCCCGGCUUCCUGAUGGGCCCAGGAGAUCCCCGAGCCCUCCUCCUC